CACAUCAUAUCCCACACACCCCGCCCCAUUCUCUCUCUCUUCUGAUGAAGCCAUGCCAGCCAGCCAGAGAACUCGAAUUUAAUUAGAACGAACGUACAUGUUACAUGUAUGUCUUCAUCGUCACCGGCCAUAAAUCUCGACCUCAAAAUCUAAGGAGGAAAUGUCAGAGAAUCCGCACAUUUCUCGCACCAAGGACCUCUUCCCCUCUCCUGCGCUCUCCCUCAGUCUCGCCGGGAUAUUCCGAGAUGGGGCGGCCGCGGAGGCAAGCGCGAGUGCGGCGGAGAGUGGCGGCGGAGGAAGAGUACCCCGGAUGAUGAGGGAAGACACGGUGGAGAUAAGCAGUGAGAAUUCAGGGCCGACCAGAUCCCGCUCGGAUGAUGAUUUUGACGACGAACAUAAUCAUUACAACGAGGAAGAGGAUGAUCACGGCACCAAGAAAAAGAGGAAAAAAUAUCACAGGCACACUGCUGAGCAGAUCAAAGAAAUGGAAGCGUUAUUCAAGGAGUUUCCUCAUCCGGACGAAACCCAAAGACAGCAGCUUAGCAAACAACUAGGCCUUCAUCCUAGGCAAGUCAAGUUCUGGUUCCAAAAUAGACGAACACAAAUCAAGGCUAUACAGGAACGCCAUGAGAAUUCAUUACUAAAAUCCGAAAUAGAGAAACUUCGGGAGCAAAACAAGGAAUUACGGGAGGCGAUUAAGAAUAAUUGUUGUCGUAAUUGUGGGUUUUGUAGCAGUUCAGGCAAAGUGUUACUGGCGGCCACCGGAGAACAACAACUUCGAAUUGAAAACGCAAGACUCCGAUCUGAGGUUGAGGAGAUGCGAACGGCGAUGGGAAAAUACCCAGCACCAGCAGUAGCUGCAACAACAAGAGGAACAUCGCCUAAUAAUUCAUCAUCAUGUUCAGGGGGGAUAGGGAAUGAGCAAGAGAGCAUUACCAGGGGCUCCUACACAGGCAUUUUCGGGCUAGAAAAAUCAAGGUCGAUAAUGGACUUCCUUGAGAGGGCAGUGCAAGAGCUGAAGACGAUGGCCACUUCUGGGGCACCAUUGUGGAUACAAAGCUUGGAGUCGGGACGUCGGGAGAUUCUCAAUUAUGAUGAAUAUGUGAAAGCCUUUCCAUUGAUAGAGGAAUGUGGUCCCACCACGGCUCCUCUGCCAAAGAGAGUAAUCGAGGCGUCAAGAGAUGCUGGGAUAGUGUUCACGGAGCUUCCUCGCCUGCUUCAUUCUUUCAUGGAUGCAAAUCAAUGGAAAGAAAUGUUCCCAUGCAUGAUCUCAAAGGCAUCAAUGGUGGAUGUUAUUUGUGCAGGGGAAAGAGCUAAUAACGGCAACAACUGGAAUGGUGCCACUCAAUUGAACAUACACACAAAUGCUAAAAUCUAAACACAAGCACUGAAAAUAAUGAAAAAUGCAGAAAACAUCAAACAUAAACGAAGUAAUUAAGGUGGACUUCAAUGAUGGAAUUGAAAAUAAACACUAAAAGUACCUUUGGACACUGGGUACCCUUGGACUUAUUGGCGCUGAAUUGACGGUGGUUUGCUUCCCAGCGUCGCCAGGUUGCUGGUGGCAUCACCUCCAGACCGUCGCUGUUCUCCAUCCUGCGUUGCCUCUGCCGUUUGCAACUCUGUCACUGACACCCGUCGAACACGGAGCCCCAAGAAGAAAAAGAAGUCGGAGACUGUCUAUGGGUCUCUCUCUUUCUCGGUGUGAUCGAAACCAGACGGGCCUAGGGGGGGGGGGGACCUGCUAAAUACCCGCCGCUACAUCUCCCCAAACUUAUUAAAUGAAGAAGGGUGUUCCUGAAUUUAAUCCUUACCUGACAUGUAGAAGAAUCUGAAGCCCAGGUUCGUUAGGUUAUCAUCCCUUAUCAUCCAAUUCUUCUUCCUCUUAUUCUAGCUCAAAAUAUGUAGAGUCUCUAAAAUUCCCUUUCCCUUUUUAACUCUAAAAGGGUUGGGAGUUCCAUUGUCAUAAAGAGAUGUGUUAUAU